CCCGUAAUAGCGCAACCAGUAUCGGAAAGAGGUUCGAAUUCUCGGAAAAUUCGAGGAAAAGAAAGAAGGGGAGAAAGGGGAAGUGAGAACGUCCAAACUGCAAAUUCUACGGCUAACAAAAGGCCUGAUAAUGUAGCUAAGAGGAUUUACCAAUGGUGUACCCAAUGUUGCAGAAAGAAAAAAGCUAAGAUAGUGAGAGCGCGCAAGUCCAAGUCAAAUUUCUUUAAACGUUUGAAAGAAAAAUGUAAGAAGCGUAAGAUAAAAAAGAAAAAGACUACUUUUAGCGAAGAACGUAGUGUUUCACCGAUACAAUACGAAGAACGUCGCGUUGCUCCGGUACAAUACGAAGAACGUCGCGUUUCUCCGGUACAACACGAGGACGUAGUUAGGGAAACCUCGAGAGAAGAGAAGGAUGAAAGAUUCGAUGAAUCGAAAGGUGCAAGGGAAAUCAGGAAGAGGAAGAAGAAGAAAAAGAAAGAUGUUUCUGAACCACCUGUGCGUAUGUUUGAAACGGAUCAGGAAGAGAAAGUAAUCAAGGAUCAUGCUUCUGAGUUGGGGAUAGAUUUCACCAAAAGCUGUUGUUAUCUAUGCGCUCAAAACACAAUGGCGAUCGCGGCAGCAAUGUCUAAGAUAGGAAAGUUCCAUAUGUCCAUACAAGCUACUACCAAAGAAACAUUAACCUCUGACAAGAGUUGUAGCCCAACUAUGCAUGUUAGAACCGUACAGUCAUCUGUUAAGGUAAAAAUGCGCGAUAUGGGUACUCUGCACCCUGAUAAAAAAAAGAGCAGAAGGUCAAGGCCGAAGUUAAAGCUUAAUAAAAAGCUUAAUAUUCUUCCAAGAUUGAAAUUUCCCGCGUAUCCAAAAGUACGAACCGUUGCUUGCGGAACGGAUAAAUCGAUGAAACAUAAUAAUAUACCUCAAUGUAGAACAAAGCGUGGGGCCAACUGCGUAACCGACGCUAAAAUGAUAAAAAAUCGAUGACAAACGAAAAAACGUUUUAUUUGAUAAAAAGGUAUUCAGUUUCACACGUCCGUACGGGUGAAGAUUUGAAACUUCGCCUGUUGACGAAGAUUCUUAU